AUGGAUAUCACAAAAACUUCAUCACAACGAAAAUUUCGACAAAUCAUUCAACCACAUGAGCACAACUUUAAUGUUCCGUCAUUUGGAUAUGAUUUUCGAAAUACUUUCAAAACGAAUGAGAAAAACACAAUUCAACAACAGCUGCCUACUGAUACAACUUCCGAAUUAAAAAAUUCAGUGAAAAUGGCCUUAGCAACAGUUAACCAACCAAAACCUCUAAAUUCUGUUAUUGCCAAAACUGGUCCAUCGGUAGAUCAAACAGCUGAUUUCACAUAUGCUUCAAGACCUCAACUUAGAGAUAUGCAUAAGGAACUACAAACAACAAGUAGUCUACGACGACAAAAUUUUAAUGAAAGACAGGUAAAACUGAAUGAAAGUUCAGUGUCUGCUACCCUAUCAACUAAAUCAUCAACUUACAGACCAGGUUCAAUGUACUUACCAAAAUCAAAAAAUGACCACGUUUUUACUGAACAAAAUAUGAAUUCUCAACAAGCUGGACUAUCACAACUGCCAGAGUCUAAACAACUGUAUACCGACACAGGAUAUGCAGUUGGUACAGGAGGUCAAUUUGAUCAUUCCUCAUUGCAAAGAGCUUCAUCUUUAGGCAGAAAUUCACACAAAUCCGUACCUGCUUUUAACCCAGUGUUGCCACACUCCGGACUCCCUGGUAUUUUCGAAAACGCAACUGUUAAUGAACAAUCUAAACCUGAUUUACAAUAUUCACACCAAAUGACAACCCAAAUGGAUUAUCCGCAAUGGUAUCAUCAUCAACAACAAAGUCUACAGCUGUCACAGCCACAAGAAACAAUAAGUCAACCAGUUCAACAGAUUCACUCUCUACAUUCUAGUGGGUGGAUUUUUCCACAGAAUACUGUGACUUCACCUCAGGUUCAUUCAUCAGCUCCAAAUAAUCAAACGAGUUGCUAUAAUUCAUCUUCAUAUAAUCCCGCUAAUAACGUAGGACAAUUUAUGUUUACUGUUCCUCCAACAGUCUCAAAUAUUGGAGGUACAAGCAACCAACAAGGUGUUACUCCACAAAGUUAUAUCCUUACUCCUGAUAUAGCUUCGUUUACUCAUUCACAGACUUCAGAAAGAGUUAGUGGUCCAUCAACUCAGCCAGUUCACCAGUCUCAGUUAUUACCUGGUACCACUGUUCUUCAGCCACAAGUUGCCAUAGUUACAGUUGACCCAGAAAUUUUGAGGGCUAUACUUUCCGGUGCAUUCAAUACACAAGCUCUUUUUCAGUCGGUAAAUAUGAGCUCUAAUAGUAAACCAAAUAUAAAUAUGACAUCUUCCGUCAAUUUGCCAACACAAAAGUCGGAUAAUUCGAACAUUGACGCAUUUCCUUUGUCACUGACUAAAAAUUACUGUCAACCUUCAGAAACUCAGAAUGUUUUUGUUCCUGAAUCGAGUAUUUCCACCGACACAAACAAAGAAGAUCAAAAUUUGGAGAACUUGUGUUGUCUGAAUGAUACAGAAAGCCAAAACUCAACAUUUUCCCAUAAUAAAACUAAAGACAAAUCCAAUGACAAUCAAGAGCUGAUCAGAUACUCGAACGGUAUACAACCCAUACAGAACUCUUCAGACGAUAAACCACGAGAAUCAGCACCCAGAAUUGGAAAUCCUCCAAGAACACUUAAGUUUUUAGACAAGACAGAGUCGUGUGAACCAGGUGGCCAAACCGAAGAUAGUCAUCAUAGUGGACUGACUAGUGGUCGAGAGCCUAGAAAACUUAAACCAUCCAGUUUUAUCUUUGGAUCCCGAAAAGCAUCAACAGAUGAACCACCCAAUCUUCACAAAAAUGAGACAAAUGAAAAUUUAGGGAAAUCAAAAGCUGAUAACACCGACAUGAUUGAUCAACGUCAAGAAGUUUCUUCAAUAAGCGCUUAUUAUGAACAACUGAAACGUCGGAACUCCAGACCGCUUAGUGCAUGCAAAUUAACAGCCGGAACACAGUUUCAACCACCUGCAGACCCAUCCUCACUUAAAACGUCGGAAUGCCCUCCUAAUUUUGAAAGUAGCCCUAUGAAUUGUCGGUCAGCUCAUCAGUUGACGAGAGGUUAUACUGUUGCAUCAAGUAAACCAGAUCAUCCCGGUUUAUCAACCGGGUUUUCCAAAGAAAGAACACAAUUAAAGGAAACUGAUCCAUCGAUAAUGACUGUGGCCGAACGUGCAAAGCAGUGGUUGUUAGCACAAUCAAGUGGUUGCCGUGAAACACAACGUUACUCUACGUCUGGUUUCAUUGAUCAAGAUUUAGUUGACUGUCAAGAUUUAGUACCAGUUGAAGAUAGAGUAAAAAUGUUUGAUAUUGGUGCAUCUUUAGGCCAUCAAACUGAAAAACAUCCAGAAGUGAAAUCAGAACUACAAGAACUUUGUAAAAAAAAGCAAGUGAAGUUCGGUGAAACUAAUAUACAAAAACCAGAUUCUUCUAAAUCUAUAAACUUGACAAACAAAUCAGUCACCUCUGUAACUCUUCAGACUUUAAGGCCAAAUCAUAUAAAUCCAAGAAGACCUCAUUCUAGCGUAAACUUACAUAGAAUCAAGCAAGAAUCUCCACAAAUGGGAGUGACCCAACCAGCAAUUAAAACUUCUCAAGGUGUGAACUUUAUCAAUUCAAGUUUAAAAAUUGCUCCAGUCAAAGGAGUACAACAAUCAAACGGGGAUGAAUUAACCAGAUUAAGUUUGAAUGAGAAACGAAAUUUAUUUAAUCAACGAUUUCAACAAGGACAAUCAAGUUUAACAAAUAAAUCAUUUAGUGGUGCAUCUGAACCAAAACGUGUAAUACGUCGAAAAACUCAACCGAUUACAUUGGAUGAUUUAGCGAAAGCAAAUCAACUUAUUUUAGAAAGAUAUUAUGGUAAACAUUUAGAAUCACCUUUCGGUAGUGUAAAAGGAGAUGAACAAGAUUCAUUUGGCUUCCAUGAGUAUGAUUCACAAUUAUCAACUCCGGAAGCCAGUUUAAUCAGUAAGUUACUAUUAUCAUUAUGCCAAUAUAUCAUAAUUAAAAUUUUCUUCAGAUCGAAAUAUUUUUGUACUAAUUUCAGCAUGACUACAGAUGAGUCCAAAGAUGCUUAUAAUGAUUUCUAUAACAGGUCUUUCAUUAAUCGAAAUAAUUGUUAUAGCAAUAAAUAUGGUAGAUGCGAAAAUUAUAUGGAAUCAAUGAUCAAGACAAAUAAUGAGUUCCCUAGAAAUCAAAGACAAGAAGCACAUAAUAACAGAUUGAAAAACCCGUCUAAAUCAUUCCGUUUAGAUCCACAUCAUGAUAAAUAUGAACUUUAUUCAUCGGACAAAAACAUUUAUAACUAUGAUAAAAAUGAAUAUUCAAAGAAUAUCUAUCGUAGUAAUAGUUGUAAACAUAAUCAUACUAGUGAUAAUUGUGGACCAUUUACACCAGAAUUGAACAGAGAAAUAUCAGCAAGGAAAUCAUCUAAAAUAAAUCAUCUUGUAAAUUUAUUGUAUAGAAAUUCAGAAGAACGAAAUAAGCAACAUAUCAUAACUAAUAAUAAUACUGGUAAUAACAGCAGGCCCAUAAAUUCAUUAGAACAAAGUGGUUUACCAGAGGGUAAUCAAAUAAAAAUUCAAAAUAAAUCAUUUUCCGGGAAACUACCUAGAACAAUUAAUUAUUCAUUUAAUUUACAUCAAAAUAAUAAACAAGUCGAAAAUACCAUAUUAAAUAAUAAUAUUAUUAUUCAAAAAGAAAAUAACAGUGAAGAGAGUUAUCCCCAAAUGUCAAUUAGAGAAAGGAUUGCAUGUAUUCAACAGAAUACUUUAAAUUGGAGAGAGCGCGUUGAAAAAGAAGAACCAAAUGUAGAUAAAUCAUGUGAUCUCAAUAAAAUUCGAUUAUCAUUAGUUGAGAAACAAGAAUCUUGGAAACAACGUGUUGAUUAUAAAAAUGAUUAUGAUUUUCCAAUAUUUGAACGAAAUAAAAAAACAAAUGACUAUACUAGUCUAGAACCUCUUCCAUCGAAAUGUCCUCAUUCACAAGAUCUAACAACAAACACAUCGAAAUGUUUACCAGUUGAACCAAUAAUACGCAAUACUAGCAAAGAAAAUCGUUCAGAAGUCAAACAUCAAGAAUCAUUUACGACAGCCGAUCCCAUCAAUAAACCUACUACCAUAACGAAGCCAAGCCCACUUGUUAGACAGGCAUUUCAUAUUUCCAAAAAUGUUAGCGUACCUACCAUGGAAGAUAAAGAAUUAACAGAUUUCUUCACCAGUAAAACGACUAUAGAAACAACUAGUGCAGUUGGACCAGUUAAGCUUCCGACUUUGCCUUCGCAACCAAAUAAAGAUUUGAACAACGUGUAUGAAAGGAUAGCUGAUGCACGACGUGCUGCUAGACCAGAAAAACGUAAACCUCCACGGGACUUAAAAAAUCCUUUAAAAGCUUUAGAACAGAGAGAAAACAUAAAAUCGAACUAUGAAGAAAUUCGUACACCUUUGGAAGCUAUUUCAACAGAUCAAGAAUCUGGUAAACAUAUCACACCGUUUAAAACAUUAUUACGUACAGUGGAUCCAUCUGUUAGAACUGACCUAGAUUUUGCUGCAAAAAACUCAAUUCUAGCCGAUUCAGCUAAAGCUGGUCUCGCAUGCUCUGAGGACAUAAAUGAGGCCAAAGGUAAUCUACGUUCAGUCCAAGAAGGACAAUCUCUUCGUAACUCUUCAACCCAAAGACAACUUUUACCUUACAAACCAAUCAUGUUGUUGCAUAUCAAAGGUCGACGUCAUGUUCAAGUUCGUUUAGUUGCCCCUUCAGCCAAAUCUAUGAAUUCCGGUGACUGUUUUAUUCUUAUCACACCUGAUUCAGUAUUCGCUUGGUUUGGUGAAUCCGCCAAUAUUGUUGAAGUGAACAAAACUCGAGAGUUAGCAUCAUGGAUUCACAAAAAGCAUGAACUGUCAUAUACAGGGAAUUUAGGUGAUGCAGCACAAAAUUUCGGUGAUGGUUAUAUUGCAAUACAUGAAAAGACUGAUUCUUACAAUGUUGUUGGCUGUUUGGAUAAUGAGAAUCAAAAUAAUACAACUGGUAGUUCUAAUCAGCACUAUUCUUCAGCUUUAAAGUUUUGGAAAGCUCUAGGUUAUAAUUCACCACAAAUGGUUCAUCACGCUGGACCACCUGAAGAAGACGAACGCUAUGAACUAAUGAUUCAGCACACUAAUCGUGUGUAUCGUGUUACUUUAGAUGGCUUAAUACCAUGUGAAGAGUGUUGGGGUAACCCAGUGAAAUAUCAUAUCUUACAAUCAGAUCAGGCAUUCGUUUUUGACUUUGGAUCUGAAAUGUAUUUAUGGACCGGUAAACAAAUUACUUCUGAACUCCGUCAAGCUGGUAUUGAAUUAGUUCAUAAGGCAUACAACAUGAAUUAUGAUUUUGGUCAGUGUAAAUUAAACCCACUGGAUCCAUUAAACUCACACACCAGUGAUAUAUUAGCUUCUGGAUCCAAACGACCAGAAUGGACUUUAUUGGGCAAAGUAACGGAUAGAGGUGAAACAGUCUUAUUUAAAGAGAAAUUCUUUGAUUGGCCUGAUACUUCAAGAAUUCAAAUAAAAUCAUUGAAACCUGGAAAAUCAAUCUCCACGGAGAGUUCUCCUGCUAUAGCUUCAUUGACUAUGGAACCAUAUUCAGCUAAUGAACUCUAUGAAACUGCAAUUAAUAAUCCACCACCUCCUCCAAAUCUACUAACACUUGAAGGACGUUACAUUGGUCGUGGUGGUAAAGUAUGUCGUUAUGAAGAUGGUAUAAUAAGACAGUUUUGGGUAGAAACAAAUGAACUUCGUGUAUGGCAUAUUUCCGAAUUUGCUAGGUACGAAAUAGCUUUAACAAGUCAUGGACAAUUUCAUAGAGAAGAUACUUAUGUCAUCAGAUGGUCAUAUAAAAUUGCUUAUACCAGUUUACAAAAUAACAAUAAACGUCCAACUGAAAAUGUUCGUGAACAUUGUGCUUAUUUCUAUUGGCAAGGAUCACGAAGUAAAAUAACAGAAAAAGGGGCAGCUGCAUUAAUGACAAUUGAAUUAGAUGAAGAAAGAGGUCCACAGAUAAGAGUGAUCGAAGGAAGAGAACCACCAGUAUUUUGUUAUCUAUUUAACGGUCGAAUGAUUACGCAUGAAGGAAAAAGAACCGCACAAAAAGAAUUCACUACACGUAUGUUCAUUGUCCGUGGUGAAGUUAUGGAAGAAGGUCAUCUCAUUGAAGUUCCAGUUCAGUUAAAUUCAUUACGUCCACAAGGUGUCUUAUUAUUAGUGCAAUAUACCAAAUAUCCAAUGUCAGAUUCUGCUGAAAUUAUUAGAGCAUUUUGUUGGAUUGGUCAGUUAGUACCACCUAGUUAUUUAACAACAGCAAAAUAUGUUCUCAACCAAUUAAAGAAAUGUUGUCCACCAGAACUUGGCAAACAAUUAAAUCUGAUUUAUGAAAUUCAUCAACAUGAUAGAAAUGAACUAUCUAAAGAAUUUUUAAAUAUACUCAAUUCUGAAGAUCAAUUAUCGAGUCCAUUAUGCUUAGAUUCAAUAAAAUCUCAUAGUCGAAUGGCUAUCUGGCAAUUUACACACCAUAAAGGACGCAAACUAGGUGUGGAACGAUUAAAUUAUACUCUUCAGCCAGAUCCGGCAAGUUUACCAUUUGAUGAGACAUUGAUCAAAACUAAUACUAAUAGUGUAUCGCCAUCAUCACAAUCUACUGAAGGAGUUACUGAACGAUUUUUAGCAUCACAAAACUUAAUAACUGCCCACUUAUCUCAGUCUCCUAUAGAGCCGGCUUUUCCAUUCCUACUUGGAGAUUUAUACUCUGUACCACAACCAUCCCUGUUUCUCAUCAUAACUCGAAUACCGUCUGUUUAUAUUUGGGAAGGAUGGUGGCCUAUAUCUACUUUAACAAGAUCUCGAUUUAUGUCACAAAAGUUAUCGAGAUCUUUUUCAACUUAUAGCAAGUCUCCUUCUAUUCCAGGAGAUCAAACAGAUGAUUAUAGAUGGAGUACAUCAUUAGAUGAAUGUUUUGAAUUUAGUCCACAAAAUUCAGCCGAUGGAUCUUUUGAUUUUGAAGAAAAUGAACAACCAGCUUUGACGGGAACAGGUCGUGCUCGAUUUUGUGCUGUACGCAAAGCUGCAAUGCAUACCGCUAAAGCUCUAGCAGAUAAAUUAGGUACAAAAGCUUAUUUAAUCUACGCUGGCUUAGAACCACCGGAAUUUUUAGUUUUAUUCCCUCCUUAUGUUAGAUCGACAGAUGCAAUAGCUUAUCAUCAAUUUGAAGAUGGUAAGACUGAUGGUCAAAAAGAUUUAAUUGACAGUUUACUAUCAUCAUAUACCUUGGCUUCAUAUACAUUGAGUGAUCUUCAACAACGUCCUCUCCCGCCUGAAUUGGAUGCAACCUGUUUAGAAACGUAUUUAGAUGAUAAGACCUUCGAAGAAAUAUUUUCAAUGUCUAGAGAAGAUUUCAAUAAAUUACCAAUAUGGAAACAGGCAGAAAUGAAAAAGUAUUCAGGUUUAUUCUAA